UAGGGAAAUUAAGAAUUAAUGUCCCUAUACAUGGGCCCAGGUGGGUAACAUAGUAACGCUCCCUCUAUUAAAGCCAUGUGCUCCUCUUUCUGAUCGUUGCAACUCUAAAUGAUCACUUCCUCGCUCUGGAUUUCGAUCUCAAUUCUGCGCCAAUUGCUAGAAGCUGUCUCUUUUCACCUAAUUUUUCGUGGCUGUGGAUUCAUCGUAUUGAAUCCUUCCGCGCAGUCAAUUCGUUUCGUUUUCCGGGUUCCGUCUGUUCCGCCUUUCUCAGCAUAUAUAAUUUCUUAACUUCCAUUUCUCCUACAAGAAAACCAGAAAAGUAGUAUCAAAACGGGGGGAAAAUGGCGGAUAUUGUUCUGUCUGUAGCUUCCAAAGUGGCAGAGUACGUAGUGGCUCCGGUCGUUCGUCACUGCGACUACGUGAUAUUCCCCAACAGCAACGUUCGCCAACUUGAGGAAGAACUUGAGAAGCUGGAAAAUGCAAGGCAAAGGGUGCAACAUUCCAUCGAUGAAGCUCGAAAUGACAUGAAGCCGAUCGAAGCUGACGUUGAGAAAUGGGUGACAGACAUGGAGACCGUCACUGACAAGGCGCGCAACUUGCUGGAACGCGAUGGACGAGCCAAGAAAACUUGCUUCUACGGGUGGCUUCCGAACCCCAAGGAGCGUUAUCGUCUCGGCAGGGACACAAGGAGGACAGUCCUGGACAUCCAGGCCCUCAUCUCAAAGAGUCAAUUCCAUAAGGUCUACCAUGAGAGUGCUCCACCAGGGCACGUCGCCAGUGCUUCCGAUGUGAGCACAUCAGCCGGUGACCGGGGCGACACUAUCAUCGAGUCGCGAGCUUCCAUCCUAGAAAAAAUAAUGGAUGCGCUGGAUGAUGAGAAGUUCAAAGUGAUUGGGGUCUACGGGCCUGGUGGCGUGGGGAAGACUACCCUGUUAGUGGAAGUCGAGAAGAAACUCAGGAGCAAGAAGAGAUUGUUCGACAUGAUCGCCAAAGCGAAAGUAUCGCAGACUCAAGACCCAAAGAAAAUCCAAGACGAUAUCGCUUAUGCCUUCAGUCUAAAUCUGAAGGACGAGCCGAGCGAAGAGGGAAGAAGAGACCGUUUGUUUCGGAAAAUACAGAGUGAUCCGAUGAAGAAGGUUCUCAUAAUAUUGGAUGAUCUGUGGGAUAAACUUGAUUUGAAGGUAGUUGGAAUUCCUUCGGGAGAAGAGAGCAGGGGAUGUAAGUUGUUGCUAACAUCGAGAUUUAAAGAUGUGCUGGAGCAAAAGAUGCAUGCUGAUCGAAUAUUUCAUCUUGAAGGUUUAAACAACGACGAAGCUUUCAGGCUAUUUGAAAAGACAGUCGGCGACAGGCUCAAAGAUGAGGAAUUGAAACCAAUAGCAGCUCAAGUGGUCGAGAAGCUCGCAGGUUUGCCUCUUUUGAUUACUUCUGUCGCAAGCACUUUGAAAUAUAGCGGUGUGUCCACAUGGAAAAACGCGUUGAUAAAAAUAGAUGAUUCAAAUAUAGAAACCAUAGUGAAGUUGAGUUACGACCAUUUGAAGAGUGAGAACGCAAAGUCCUUAUUCUUGCUCUGUGGUCUUAUUGGAGGGACCAUUGAAGUCGAACUUCUGCUGGGACUAGGCAUGGGAUUGGGCUUGUUUGAGGGAUUCAAUAACACGAUAGAAGAUUCAAGGGAUAGAUUGAACACUAUGCUCGAUAGCCUCUGUUCCAGUUGUUUGUUGCAGGAUGGUGGCGAUGACAAGGAAAAUGUGACCAUCCAUGAUCUUUACAGCGAGGUGGUUGUCUCAACUCCAUUUAAAGGUCAGAAUUCCUUAAUGAUGAACAGCAAUUAUGGCUCGUGGCCAAAGGAAAAGCUUGAGAAAUGUUGGGCAAUAUGCCUUGUUAACGUUGUCGGGCUUGCUAGACUAAAGCAGUAUGGGUUUCCCGACUUGAAGAUACUCAUGUUGUCUCAACCAGGAAAUUGGCUUGGUCCUGUGCACCAACAUUAUGAGGGAGAUUGUUGUAAACUAGAUUUCACAUACAUGAAGGAGCUCCGAGUCCUAUAUCUUUUCUCAAUGCAUAUCACCAAUUUAUCUCCCUCGAUCGAAAUCCUCGGGAACCUCCAGUCGUUAUAUUUAGAUCAUUGCCUUGUGAAUGAUGUGGCAAUUCUUGGCAAGCUCAAAGCAUUGCAGAUUCUCAGCUUUGCAGGGUCUGAAAUUUGUAGGCUACCUAAAGAAAUUGGGGAACUUACAAAUCUAAGAUUGUUGAAUCUAAACUAUUGCGAAGUGCCUAAGAUAGAUUCUGGUGUCCUAAAAAGCUUAAUCAACUUGGAAGAGUUACAUAUGAAGGGAAGCUUUGAUCAAUGGUUGGGUGAGGAUGAAAUACCGUCAGAAUCGUGUAAUGCUAGGCUUGCUGAGUUGAAGAGCUUGACAAAGCUAACCACUUUGGAAAUAUCGAUCCGUGAUCCUGCCAUACUCUUUAAGGACGGUGACCUGCCAUUUGGGAACCUGAUCAGAUUUUGGAUCACAAUAGGAAAUGUUGACGGGAGGAAAUUUCAAGGUUUGAGAACCAUGAAGCUCAAAUUGGAAGGAUGCGAUAGUAUUCUCUCAAAGGAAUGGGUUCAGAAAACUUUGCAGAAGACUCAAUACUUGCAUUUGGACGGAUUGGGAGGGUUCAAGAAGAACACUCACGAGUUCUGCAUCCAAGGAUUUAAGCAACUGAAGCAUCUCGACAUUCAAAACAGCCCCUCAAUCAAGUACAUUGCCAGUUCAUCCAAUGACCCUCUCACUGCAUUUACGAUUUUAGAGUCUUUAUUCCUCGAAAAUCUUUUUAAUCUGGAGAAAAUAUGCAAUGGCCCUGUCGCACCAGAUUGCUUCAGCAAAUUGAAAGCCGUGCGCAUCGAAAAGUGCCACCGAUUGAAAAAUCUGUGGUUCCUGUCAGAGAUGCAAAGACUUGUACAUUUGGAAGAGAUUCAAAUACGUGAAUGUGACUCAUUGCAAGCCAUUAUCACAGAUGAUGCAGGAAAAGUAGAAGUUGUUGCUGAUGACAUAGUUGAGUUGCCUAAUGUACGUCGUCUGGAUUUGCAUAAGUUACCAAAUAUGAUGAGCUUUUGCACCGGAGCAGAGGGUGCUCCAAUUCAGGUUUCAUUGCCUCGCUUGGAAUCCCUGGUAAUGGUUGGACUCAUUGGUCUGGAAGAGAUACUCUUCAGUGAACCUUCAUUAAAAUACAGCAAUCUGAAAUCGCUACAGAUCGAAGAGUCUAAAUCCACGUCGAAGAGUAUUCUGAAAUUAGAUUGGAUACUGAAGCUGCCGAAUUUGGAGUCGCUAGAUAUUCUGUUUUGUCGAUCAGCGGAAGUAGUUUUCGACCUUGCGGAGCUAAAAGUCACCGGAGAUGUCGAGAUUCUCUCUCAGCUAACGAAAUUGAAAUUAAGGCGGUUACUGAACCUGCAACGCAAAUGGAAACAAGAUGCACAAUUACAAGGAAUUCCGAGAUUUCGAAACCUGAAGGAACUCUUUGUCGGGGAUACGGGGCUGGCAUUUCUCUUUCCGGUGUCUGUGGCUAAAUGCCUUAGAGAGAUUAGAGACAUUGAAGUGGUGGAUUGUCCAAAUAUGAAGGCGGUGAUUGUGGAUGAAGAAAGAAGGGAUGAAGGGACAAAUGAUAUUAUAGAGUUCCCACUACUAAAGCGACUAUCUAUAGUGCGCUGUCCCAUGGAGAAAUUCUUCUCAUAUCCUCAUAGAAAGAAAGAGUCAGUAACCACUACUUCAGAUUCACAAGAUGCUUAUUCCGAUUUCUUCUUUGAUCCAAAGGUUAGUUUACCAAGCUUGGAGAAAUUAGAGCUUAAGUCAGUAGGAUCCUUCAAAGGGAUAUGGCACAGUGAACUUAUGAGAAGUUCCUUCUGCAAAUUAGCCACCCUCUCCGUUGGAUAUUGCUCUAAGCUACUAAACGUCUUCCCUUCCACAAUCAUAGGGAGAUUGCACAACCUGACAAUUGUCAAGAUUGAAAGCUGUCCCUCCCUGGAAUCAUUGUUUGAUUGUGGGUCCCCUGAUGCAAAUACCGAGCAAACAACUUUAUUGCUCUCCGAAUUGGAAGAAUUGACGGUGAAGGAAGCAGGAAAGCUGAGUUGCAUGGUGACGAGCGAAUGCCAAACGGUUUUGGGUUUUCCUAAUCUAAAAAUAGUUCAUGUUUACAGUUGCUCCGACCUAAGAUAUCUCUUCCCCAAUUUUACGGCCACAACUCUAGAGAAACUCGAGAACCUAUUGAUUAGCAAUUGCGAACAGAUGAAGGAAGUGGUUCCCAAGGAGAUAGCCAAAGGGGAUGAUGAAUCCCCACAACCGUUAUUCAAUGAGAUGGUUAUAUUCCCCAAUAUAAGAAAUCUAAAAAUUGAAGGCGCUCAGUGCAAAGAGCUAUGGAACAAUCAAAUUCCCGAUGAUUCCUUUUGCAAAUUGGAAUUUCUUCGAUUGGUGCACUGUGACAAUCUCCAAUGUAUUGCCCCAUCCCACAUGUGGAAGAGACUGCAGCUCUGUCUUGACCUCCUAGAAGUGAGAUCAUGCCGUUUGAUUGAGACCAUAUACGAAAGUGAUGGGACAAAUACUGAGAAUGGUCAAUUGAGGAAGCUGGUUUUGCAUGAUCUGGAAAACUUGAGGCACAUUUGGCAGUCCGAUGGUCUCCCAAUCGUCCCGUUCCCAAACUUGAGAUACGUAGAGGCUGUGAUGUGCUCCCGUUUGGAAAUGCUUUUCACAACCUUCACCGCGAAAUUUCUCGGACAAAUCAAAGAGCUGGUAGUGGAGUCAUGUGAAGAUCUAAAACUAAUUGCUGGCCAUGAAGAAUGUGAAGAAGCGACCGGUACGACAAUCACCUUCUCUAAGUUAACUGCUCUUAGACUUUUCGAGUUGCCGAAAUUCAGGAACAUCUUAGCUGAGAAAUACUCCGAGGAAUUCCCAUCCCUGGAAGUCUGCAGUCUAGUAAGCUGUGGAACAACGUCGGACCAUGUCUUUGGUGACUGGGAAAGCUACAAAACCCACAGGAUUUUGAAGGACGCAGAAAUGUGGAAAUAUGUGUUUGAUGACGGGCGUUUUCCUAGUAUUUCUAUUUCUCGUUAACUACUUACUACUUAAGAGUUAGAUAUAUUGAGAUGUUAUGUUUAUAAUUAGCAUUAUAGGACAGUUACUCUUGAAAUUUUCUCGCUCAUAAAGUGAA